AUGGGUGGCCAAUUUUUACAGAAUAUUGCAACUCUUAAAGUUAGUGCCACGAGUGAUGAUACUUUUAAAAAAUUAAUCUUGAUGAAAUCACUAACUAAACUUGUUAUUAGAAUUGAAGAAGAAGAAGAAGUUCAUCAUCUAAGUGGAUUGAAACAAUUAAAAAGUCUUCAUAUAUAUGGCAGUCAAAUUCGUGGUGAGGGAGUUAGAUAUAUUAGUGAAUUGAAACAAUUGACCAAUCUUGAUAUUCGUAGUCAUAAUAUUUUUCAUAUUGGAGCUAAAUACCUAAGUGAAUUGAAACAAUUAACCACUCUUAAUAUUUAUGGCAAUCAUAUUGGUGCUAAAGGAUCUAAAUAUAUAAGUGAAUUGAACCAAUUGACCACUCUAUUCAUUGCUGAAAAUAGUAUUGGUGUUGAAGGAGCAAAAUAUUUAAGUGAAUUGAAACAAUUGACCAAUCUUGGUAUUUCCGUUAAUUGGCUUGGUAAUGAAGGACUUGCAUACGUAAGCAAAAUUAAACAAUUGACCAUUCUUGAUAUUUCUCACAAUGAUAUUGGCGCUGAAGGAGGAAAACAUUUAGGUGAAUUGAAGCAAUUAACUCUUCUUAAUAUUUCCCAUAAUAAGAUUCAAGAUGAAGGACUUGAAAAUAUUGGCAAAUUGAAACAAUUGACCACUCUUAUUAUUAAUCAAAAUGACAUUGGUGCUGAAGGAGCACAAUAUUUAAGUGAAUUGAAACAAUUAACCUUUCUUAAUAUUAGUGAUAAUCGUAUUGGUGAUGAAGGAUCAAAAUAUAUUGGAGAAUUGAAACAAUUAGUUGAUCUUUAUAUUAAUGACAAUGACAUUGGAGAGGAAGGAGCAAAAUAUUUACGUGAUUUAAAACAACUAAUCUAUCUUAAUGUUGGUGGCAAUGAAUUUGGUGAUGAAGGAGCUAAAUACAUUAGUGAAUUGAAACAAUUAACCAAACUUGAUAUUAACAACAACUCUAUUGGUGAUGAAGGAACAAAACAUUUAAGUGAAAUGAAAUAA